UCAGCUGAAGGUCAAGUUCAGGUAUAAAAGAACAGGGGAAGCAUUUGUUCCUUUGCAGAAGCAUUGUAACUCAUUGCAGUCAUGCUCAGGUUUUUGGUGUUGACAAGCCUCGCAGCCAUCGUGCUGGCAGAGGACCAGAUGUAUCUAGAGGACAGGCUUGGAAGGGUUGUUGGAGGUGAGGUGGCCAGUCCCAACUCUUGGCCCUGGCAGAUCUCUCUUCAGUUCAUCUCUGGUGGUUACGCCUACCUCACAUGUGGAGGAACCCUCAUUGCAAGAGACUGGGUGAUGACUGCUGCUCAAUGUGUGGACAGCACUAGGACGUGGCGUGUGGUUCUUGGUGAACAUGAUCUCUACACCAACAGUGGCAAUGAGCAGUUCCUGGGUGUCAGCCAGGUCUACAUCCACCCUGAAUGGAAUAGUUAUACCAUUACCAAUGACAUUGCCCUGCUGAAACUGUCCUCUCCGGCUACUCUGAACUCUUACGUCCAGCUUGGUGCUCUGCCUCCCUCCGGCGAGAUUCUGCCCAACAACAGCUACUGCUACAUCACCGGAUGGGGAGACACCUCCACUGGCGGUUCCAUCUCUGGUGAGCUCAAGCAGGCCUUCCUUCCUAGUGUGGACCAUGAGACCUGCAGCAGCCCCUACUGGUGGGGCAGCAAUGUGACGACCAACAUGGUGUGUGCCGGACGUCUUGAGGACUCUGGAUGCGAUGGUGACGGUGGCGGCCCUCUGAACUGCCUGAUCAAUGGAAAAUACUACGUGCACGGUAUCACCAGCUUUUUGUCUAGUUUAGGUUGUAACGUUAUCAGGAAGCCCACAGUCUUCACCCGUGUCUCUGCCUACAUUGACUGGAUGAACUCGAUCAUGCGUAUGCCAGCACACAAAGGCUGACACCAUAGUCCAUCGACUGUACCUACAUAAUGGUCUGAUGUCAUUCUACAAAAAUAAACUUGAUAAAAUUUUG